AUGGCAGUUUCUAAUGAAAGCACAGUUGAGGUUGUGUUCAUACAUCAACAAAUGUUUACUCUUGUGUUAAAUGAGAAAACUAUAACAAAAUAUGUUGUUGUGAUGUUGCUGCCUUCAUUUUUUAUAUAUGUGAAUGGUGUAAUGCUCUUUGCUCUUAGGAGUAAGCGUGUUUUUAAAGAGUCUCCACGCUACAUUCUUUUUGCUCACAUGCUUUUUACUGACUCAGUUCAUCUGUUUUUCUCAUCUAUGCUGUAUUGUUUUGCUCUGGUCUUACUUAAAGUAGUCACAGCUGGCUGUGCCAUUAUAGUUUUUGUUUCAGGAACAACUUUCUUUAUCGCACCUUUAAACCUGGCUGUGAUGUCAUUAGAGCGUUAUGUGGCCAUACACUUUCCUUUAAGACACACAGAAAUAGCCACUCGGAAAAGGACUUAUAUUGCUAUUAUAUUAAUCUGGUGUAUUAGCUCUAUAAAUGUCAUGUUUGACGUUUUACUUGGAGUAGUAAUGGAUCGUAACUUUUUAACCUCACUGGUGUUUUGCACAAGGGAGAGGCUCUUCAUAAAACCAUGGCAACUUGAUGUAUACUAUGGCUUUAAUACAUUUUACCUUGUGUCAGUGACGCUGAUCAUCAUCUUCACCUACAUCAGCAUUAUGAUCACAGCCAGGUCUGUGUCCUCCAAUAAAGACUCUGCUAAGAAAGCUUACAGGACUGUGCUGCUGCACUUCAUUCAGCUAUGCUUGUGUCUCACUGCGUUUCUCUACAGCACCAUAGAGCGAGCUGCGGCCAUGCUGGGGAGCACCACUCUCUUCUUGGAUCUGCGCUACUUGAGUUAUUUGUUUAUCCUGGUUCUGCCCCGCUGCCUGAGCCCACUCAUCUAUGGGCUGAGAGACGAGGCCUUGAGACCCUUGUUUAUUUACUAUUUCCAUUAUGGCAAAGGCAAAAUUAGGCCAGUUGUCAAUGUACAGUGA